AUGAAUUCUCAAAUCCUUACUCGCUCCGCUAAAUCAGGUAACGACUGGGGCCGAAACGAACUCGCCGCAUACAACAUCAGCACGGAACCCCAGGAUGCUGCCACUUUCUUCCAAGUGGAUCAUCUUCCUGAACCUCAUGUUCCCGCUGAUAUGCUGUAUAAGCUGGAAGCCGAAGACGCAACCAACCUUGAUGCCUUUCGCACCAUAUCUGCGAUGGAUCUUGCCAUGAAUGCGACGCCAUUGGAGUCAGCUGUCGACGAUUUUGUUGUUCGCCUCUUUGACAUUCUUGGCUAUACUAGUCGACACGCUUUGCUGCGCACCCGGAAAGACAUCGAACUAUUUAUUUGCGGAGUUUCCAUGCUUGCAAAAACAGAUGUGUGCUUGUUGAAGAACCGUUCCGAGAUCAUUCUUCUUGUUCAAGAGGAUAAGCGGCAGAUGGAGGACAGAGGUGACGCAGAGGCCCAACUCAUUGCCGAGGCGAUCGCGGCGUUUCAGAGCAACAACAAAAAGCGUAUCCUCGCUGGAUUAGACCCAGUCCAGCACCUUCUAAUUCCCGGAAUCGUCAUGAUUGGAACUGCCCCGAUAUUGUACAAGAUCCGCGUUACGAAAGGAUUAGCCGAUGCCGUCACGUAUGGGGCUUUUCCCCCGGUGCCCACUGUCGUUCACUUCCAUGUCCCUGCCGUUCCUCGCCCACAUCGUCUCUUGAGCGAAGGCAUGAAACCCUUGGACAAUCGCCACAUCAUCCUUCGCUGCUAUGAAGCAUUCAAAAGGUUCAUCAUCUUAAACUCAUCCAACUUUAGCACUGGGGGAGGUAUGCCAGCCAGAGCACCCAACGUCAAAGCUGCUAACACGGGAAAAAAUCUUCGUUAA